GCUUCCGGAAGUCAGAGCGGCAUGAGACAGUCAGAGCUGUCCAAGGUGCUGACAAUACUUUGGUAAGAUGGAUGAACGUCUAGAGCUGUCUCUGAUGCCCACCAACACCCACAAUGACAGCAGCAGCAGCAGUCUUCCCAUCAGACAACCUGGCAGCGUGCCACAAUGCAACGGGGUCCCAGAACGCAGGACCAUGCUGCGGGUGACCGAGGCCCACGGGAUCCAGCUCCUGGGCGUGCUCCGAUCAUUUCGGGAGCGAGGCUUGCUGUUCGACUUCACCAUCAAGGUCCAGGAGAACAGUUUUCCCUGCCAUCGCUGUGUCCUUGCGGCAUGCAGUGAUUUCUUCAGGGCCAUGUUUGAGGUGGAUAUGCGAGAGCGUGAUGACGGUUCAGUAACCCUUGGCAACCAGUCUCUGGUGGCUGUGAGAUCCUUCCUGGACUUUGCCUACUCCGGCGAGGCCGUCAUUACCGAUGGCAACGUAGACAUGCUGUUUCAGCUCGCAUCCUUCCUGCAGGUGCCGGUUCUGUCCAAGGCAUGUAGUGACUUCCUGAUAGGAACCCUGGACCUCUGUAACUGUCUGUCCCUGCUGGCCCUCGCUGAGGCCUAUGGCUCCUCCUCUCUCCUCCGCAAAGCCAAUGAGUUUGUGGUUCAGAACUUCCAUGAGCUCUCCUUAACCCAGGACUUCCUGGACAUGCAGGUGGAUGUGUUGGAGGCUUGCCUGAGGUCAGACUCUCUGAGUGUGCCUGAUGAAGAGACGGUGGUGACGUCACUACUGAGGUGGAUCCAGCAUGAUCUUCCAGGGAGACGGAGGUUGUUACCAGGACUAUUAUCUCUAACCAGACUGCACCAUCUACCUGCACCUGUACUGAAGACUUUGCAGGAUACCAAUGACCUCCUCUGUGAUGAUGAGCCAUGUGUCGGCCUGCUGUCAGAGGCCAAGAGCAGACAGCAUCAGUACAGUGGCCUGCUCACGGACGCCAGGCCGGCCACCACACAGAGCUACAUUUACAUCCACAAGACGGAGGAGAACGGCGAGAUCCGCCACACUUUCUGCUACUGUCUGGAAACAGACCAGUGGAAAGAGCUGGGACUGGGCCAAGGAGAGGGCACAGCCGUGAUGCCAGAUCCACCUGGCUCCUAUCUCACCAGCUAUGGUGAAAAGAUGUUUGUGAUGGGUGGCUGCCGUGGGAAUUGUUGCCGGGCAGUACGUCUCCACGUGGCUGAGCCUUUCCAUGAUGCCACGGAUGAAGUGUGGUGCUUCUGUCCUGUGACGGGAACCUGUACCCCUGCCCCUGCCAUGUUGAAACCCCGCACCAUGCACACCGCAGUCACCUGCCUGGACAGGGUGUAUGUGAUUGGAGGCAGGACCAGGGGAUCCAGAGGAGGAGCUCCCACUCUGCUGGAGGUGCAGUAUUUUGACCCCUUGUCUCAGAGCUGGUGCUCGGUCAGCCAGCUGCCCACUGCUAUCUUCUACCCUGAGGCCAGCGCCUGUGGCAGUGUCAUCUACACUCUGGGCUCAGAGGUGGAGAUCACAGACUCCUUCAACCCCUCUCUGGACUGCUUCUUCUGCUAUGACGCCAAGACGGACCAGUGGAGCCGUCUGGUGGCAGAGUUUGGCCAGUUCUUCCAUGCCACGCUGGUCAAGGCAGUGUCUAUUAAUGAUACACUACAUCUCUGUGACCUGUCAACAUAUAAGGUCUACAGUUUUUGUCCAGAGACGUGUGUGUGGAAGGGUGAAGGGUCAUUUGAGUGUGCAGGGUUCAACGCUGGGACGGUGGGCAUAAGAGACAGAAUCUAUAUUUUGGGUGGAGACUAUUCCCCAGACGAGAUCACUGACGAAGUUCAGGUGUACCACAGUGGGAGGAGUCAGUGGGAGGAAGUGGCACCCAUGCCCCGAGCGCUCACCGAGUUCCACUGUCAGCUCAUCAGCUUCAACAGAUACAGAGACCCGUGGGGGGAGGAUGGGGAGACAGCAUGAUGCACAACGAACACACACACAACAAACACAGACACACACAUAUACAGGCAUGCAAGUGGAAGUACACAUGUGUUACAUGUGUCAUUCAUGUUAGCAAGAAUUACACUUCCUUCUCGGGAUGAGUCUCUCUCUCAGUCUUGAACCCAAGAGUCCCGCCCCCUGUGACAUUCAGACCCCAGUGCAUGACGGACAGGUGCAUUAUCCAUUGAGCAAACUCAACACCGAGAAUGAUAAAGAGAACAUUACUGAGGAAUGAGUUCACCUGGUGUGUUCAACUUCCAGGUUUGAACACAAACACAGACAUUUCCAUACAGCAGUACAUCUCCCCUCGCAGCUCACAGAUAUAUGCAAACACUCGAGCCAAAAGUUGUAUGUAUUUUUUUAAUUUAAAGACUUGAUCCUUAAGUUGGCAUGUUUGAAGCAGCUACUAUUAUAGGGUCUUUGCCGCGUCAAAAAAUAUGGCGCCUCCCAUGGAGGAACCCUAUUGAACAGAGGACUUGACCAUUUCAGAAAUGUUAUUUUAGUAACUGAAUGAUAUUUAUUUUGUCAGAUGUAUAUGUAAACCCUAAAACAGCAUUCUUGAUCUUGAACCAUUUCACGAAGUUUGUACAUUUAACAACUCUGCCACAGUCAGACUCCAGACUUUCAUAUGUGAUGUGAUCAAGUGACACUGUGCCAUUUACAGAGGCUUCAGGAAGGAAUCCACCCUUUAAUCUUGUCCACAUUUUGUGGUGCUGCAGCCAGAGUUCACCAUGAAUCAAAUUGGUAUUUUUCUCUGUCAGGAGUCAACACAGUAUAACUCACAGGGUUUCUGGAGUCACAGUGAAAGAAAUCUGGCUCAUGAGAUAAUGACUGUUGGAAAGCCUGAUUGGCUUCACAUCUAGAUGUGUUGUAUUUCAUGGUACAGCUAAAAUAUCAAACAUUAUUCUAUGUGUAGUCAACAGUAUUGGCCUCUUAUAAUGUCAGCGGAGCAGUUUCAUAAUGUGUCACUUUAUAACAUCACAAUUUGGACUACCUCUGUUUUCCUCCUAGGUCACAAGGACCUGCUCAUGUACAUAAAUGUGAGCUAAACUAGUAUAUCAUGGCAAUAACAUUUUCUGGGGAUUUUCACUUCAAACAACCUGCCUUCAUUCUAUUUCAUACUGUUGUGUACCCAUGCAUGCACUGCAUCUCCUCCCAAUAUACUCAACAAUCCUGUAUGUUAAAAAUAGAUGGAUCUCCUGUUGUAAAUUACUAACUCAUUUCCAUCUCUGUCUAGGAAUGCAAAUAGGCAUAAUCAUGAUGUUUACUCUUCUAUCAUGAUCAGAGAAAUGGGCUCAGUAGCUUGUGUAUGAAUAUGCAGUGUAUGUCAAAGAAAAACAUCCUGUUUCCAUGAACAAUGUUGAAUGCAAAAUAGUUUCCUGUUACAAAACAGACUUGAAACAAGUGAAAGACUGUUUUAUGGCAACAAGUAAACAAUCACAAUGCUCAGUGA